AUGGCAGACAAAAAGGGCGGCGCAUAUGGCGCUCCCGCCGGCGACACCGACUUUCGCAAAAACUACGAUCUAGAGGAAUACGCCGCCAAGGCCGCCGACCGCGAAGCUGCCGAGAAGGAAGAACGCAAGGCGCGCUACGAGGCCAAGCUCGCCGGCAAGAAAUACCACAAACCUCUGACCGGCGACGAGCAAUACGCCACAGCCCGACGCACAAUCAUCGACCUCGAGUCGCAGGUCGGCAAGACCCAGCUGGUCCCGGCGGGCGCGGGCGUCGGCAAGCGAGGAAGGGGCGCUGGUUUCUACUGCGAGGCGUGCGACCUCACCUUCAAGGACAACCUGCAAUGGGUCGAGCAUCUGAACACGACCCAACAUUUGGCCAACACGGGGCAGAAGACAGAGGUCAAGAGGGCCACGGUGGAAGAAGUCAAAGCAAGGAUCGACUACCGCGUCCGGAAACUGGAGGAGCUGGAGCGCGAAAAGGCCACGAGCCUGCAAGACAGGCUCCAGAUGCGCGAGGAAGAGGCAGAGCACGAGGCGGAGGAAAAGAGGGCGAAACGGAGGGAGGCUGCCGAGAAGAAGAGGCUGGAGAGGGAGCAGGCGGCCAAGGUCAAGACCGAAUACGACGAGGAUCUGCGGAUUGAGGGCGAGCAUGAUGAAGAAGACAUGAUGGCCGCCAUGGGCAUAACAGGGUUCGGCACGUCGAAAAAGUGA